GAGACCCAAUCAGAUUUUCAAAGCAAUGUUUCUGAGCCAACCAGGAAAGUUAUGGAGAUGAUUCCCCAGAUUUCCAGUUUUUGCCCGGUAAGAGACAGGAACCACAUACAAAGUUCAUUCAGCUCGUAAAGAAAUGACAGAGUCUCCAGGACAAGAGGAAAAUCCUGAGAGCUUAGUGAAAUAUUUCAGUGUCGUUUGGUGUAAGGCUUCGAAGAAAAAACACAAAAAGUGGGAAGGUGAUGCAGUUCUAAUUAUAAAAGGAAAAUCGUUUAUACUAAAGGAUUUGGAAGGCAAAGACAUUGGAAAAGGCAUUGGCUAUAAAUUCAAAGAGCUUGAAAAUAUUGAAGAGGGGCAAACAAUGAUGAUUGGUGGGAAAGAAAUAGAAGUCCUGGGUGUGAUCUCAGCAGCUGAUUUCAGCAGUGGCAGAUGUUUUCAACCUGGAGGCGGAGGAAGUACUGUUAUCUCAGAUUCUUCUCAGGCGGCCAAGAAGCCUUUCUCCAAUCCUUUCAAACACGCCUGUAAACCAAGUUCAAAGGAAAAUAGGCAACACGAUUUCCAGAAUUGCAAGCCACGCCAUGAUCCAUGUGCCCCAAAUUCUCUUGUUAUGCUCAGGCCAGACAAUAAUCACCAGCGGAUGUUCAAUAAGAACCGUUUCCCUAUCGUGGAGGUCGUCAUAGACCCUCACCUUGUGCAUCAUCUCCGACCUCAUCAGAAAGAAGGAGUCAGCUUCCUUUAUGAAUGUGUGAUGGGAAUGAGGGUGAAUGGCAGAUGUGGAGCCAUUCUUGCUGACGAGAUGGGUUUAGGGAAAACGCUGCAGUGUAUCUCCCUCAUCUGGACUCUGCAAUGUCAGGGGCCCUACGGGGGCAAGCCAGUCAUAAGGAAAACACUGAUUGUCACGCCGGGAAGCCUGGUGUUGAACUGGAAGAAAGAAUUUCAAAAAUGGCUUGGAAUUGAAAGGAUCAAGAUAUUUGCUGUGGACCAGGACCACAAAGUAGAAGAAUUCAUCAAGUCUCCAUUUUAUUCUGCUCUUAUCAUCAGUUAUGAAAUGUUACUUCGUUGCCUGGAUCAGAUUAAGAAUAUCAACUUUGAUCUUCUAAUCUGUGAUGAAGGCCAUCGUUUGAAGAACAGUGCCAUCAAGACAACGACAGCUCUCCUUAACCUUUCUUGUGAUAAAAGAAUCAUUCUGACAGGUACUCCAGUUCAGAAUGAUCUCCAGGAGUUUUUUACAUUAAUUGAUUUUGUAAAUCCAGGAAUAUUAGGUUCUUUGUCAUCUUACAGAAAAAUAUAUGAGGAACCCAUUAUUAUAUCCAGACAGCCUUCUGCUUCUGAGGAAGAAAAGAAGUUAGGAGAGGAAAGAGCAACUGAACUUACUCGCCUCACCAGACUCUUUGUCCUUAGAAGAACUCAGGAGGUCAUAAAUAAAUAUCUUCCACCUAAAAUAGAAAACGUCAUCUUUUGCCGACCAGAAGCACUACAGAUUGAGCUUUAUCAGAAACUAUUGAGUUCCCAGGCUGUUCGAUUCUGUCUUCAAGGGUUGAUGGAAAAUAGUUCUCAUCUGCUAUGUAUAGGUGCUCUUAAAAAGCUGUGCAAUCACCCCUGCCUUUUGUUCAACUCUAUAAAGGACAGAGAAUGCGGCGCUGAGAGAGAGAGCGGAGAGAGGAGCCUGUACGAGGGUGUGCGGGGUGCCUUUCCACCCGACUAUGACCCGCUCAGGGUCUCCGAGGGGGAGUCAGGGAAGCUCCAGGUGCUGGCCAAGCUCCUAGAGGUCAUCCGCACACUCCGUCCAACUGAAAAGGUGGUCUUGGUAUCCAACUAUAUACAAACCUUGAACAUUUUACAAGAGGUGUGUAAGCGCCAUGAAUAUGCUUUCACAAGACUUGAUGGGCAAACACCGGUCUCCCAAAGGCAGCAGAUUGUCGAUGGCUUCAAUAGUAAAUACUCUUCUGACUUUAUAUUUUUACUAAGUUCAAAAGCUGGUGGUGUGGGACUUAACCUUACUGGAGGAUCCCACUUAAUUCUCUAUGAUAUUGACUGGAAUCCAGCCAAUGACAUUCAGGCAAUGUCUCGAGUCUGGAGAGACGGGCAGAAGCAUCCCGUACAUAUUUACAGACUCCUAACCACAGGUACAAUAGAAGAAAAGAUCUACCAAAGGCAGAUCAGCAAGCAAGGUCUGUCUGGGGCAGUCGUAGACCUGAGCAAGACUUCUGAACAUAUUCAGUUUUCCAUAGAAGACCUUAAAAAUUUGUUCACGUUUCAUGAAACUUCACACUGUGUAACUCAUGACCUGCUUGACUGUGACUGUAUAGAAGAAAAGGAUGAUACAGGUGGUUCUGUGGAAAAGGCCCCUCUCUCCAGAACUCCUCAGCCGGGCCCGCACUGUCAGACGACGUCCAGCUUCCUGAAGCCCCUUUCCAUGUCACAGCUGAAGCAGUGGAAACAUUUCUCUGGAGAUCAUUUAAACCUUGCAGAUCCUUUUCUUGAACGAAUAAGAGGAAAUGUAUCCUUCUUUUUUCAGAAUAUAACCAACCAAACUACUGCAAUUGAAUGAAAGAUUAUUAAAUGACAGUACUCUUGUGCCUCUUUAAAUAUAUUCUGGGCUUGUUUUGUUUA